UUCUGCUGUGGUUCGUGGAGAAACAGUUCUGCUGCCGGUGCCGGUGGCCGGCGCUGCGGCUUCCCGAUGGCGGAGGACUCAGGCGCCAUCCUCCGCCACAUCUCCUCCCUCAAGGACAUGCUCGACAAGGUCAAUGAAGAGAUUGAACAGAAUAUACAAAAGACCAGGGAAAUAGAGUCAGAAAUAGUGAAGCAUUCUGAAACUGAAAAGGACUAUCUCGUGAAGGAGUCUGAACUAAUGAAAGGAGUAUCAGUUGCUGAGUUCGAACUCGAUGGGCUUAUGCAAGUGGCAGCUGCUGGGACAGAUUCACUUAAAGUGAUGGAGGGCAAUGUGGAAUUCCAGAAAGCUACUUUGAAUGAAAUUAGGAAGCGGUUCUCUGAUAAAAUGGAAAGGUUCAUCGCUGAAUCUAAAGGCUUCCAAGCUAACAUGCUUGGAGAUUCAAAUGAGGAUUUACUUCUCCUACUUAAGGAAAAAGAUUCGCUGGAGGAUGAGAGUGAGAACUUGAGGAUGAAGAUCAACACUAUACAAAGUUCAUCAAAUGAAUACAUUGCUGAGAUUCUUCAGGAGGUAAAUAUGGAAAAUUCAGUUUUGGAAUCUGAGUUACAAUAUAGGGUUUCAGAAUAUAUGGACGUUCUCAAGGAUAUAAACAACCUGAAGAUCCUAUUUAGUUCAAGCAAUUCUUAAGCUGGUAUUCACCGUUGCAGUACGCCGUUUUGGCCUGGCCGAGGGGAAAGAUGUCAAGAAUCUUCAGCCGGCUCAAUGGAAAUAGCUUGUACUUGUUCAUUUUCUUGUAUCGAGAAGGUUACACUGAAUUUAGUAAACACUACCAGACAUGCAUGACCAUAUCUUUUAUAUGUAGUAGAGUUUAAUUAACCACUGUACAAGCGGGAUAUAAACAAGUUUUUUUUUGAACUCAGCAGAGUUACAGGACAA